AUGCUAGUUCAACGCACCAUCCCUGAAUCAUCUUUAUCCAUAAGGCAACCGGUUCUGGUCUCAGACUUAAUUUUGAGGGACUCCAAUGAAUGGGAUAGUCAGAGAAUUUCUGAAAUCUUUACACAACCAGAGGUGGAUAUGAUCAUGAAGAUUCCUCUGCCCCUACAAGCCAUAGAAGAUAAGCUCAUGUGGAGCCAUACCAAGCAAGGAAAUUACACAGUUAAAUCUCCUCAUCACGCUAUUCUUUUCAACAGUGAUGAAGCUUCCUCCUCUAACCCCUCACCCCAUUCUCUAUGGACAAAAAUUUGGGGAGCGGAAACCCAGCCAAGAUGCAAAGAAUUUAUGUGGAGAACAAUCCAAAAUGCCAUCCCAGUCAAACUAAACCUCUUCCGAAGAGGGAUUCCCACUGAUCUGACCUGCCCCCUUUGCGGUGAAGCCCAGGAGUCCACCUGCCAUGCCAUCCUCACCUGUCCUGAAGUUAGAUCCAUUUGGUUCCUCUCUCCCCUUGGUCUUCACAUCAAUCUCGGAGAAGGUAUGGAUUUGAGAUCUUGGCUUGACCUCACCCUCUCCUCACUUCCGGAAAUUGGUCAAAACUGGGUUUUCUCUGUGGCUUGGGCGAUCUGGAAAAGAAGAAAUCUCUGGGUCUUUGAUCAGAAACGACUAACACCUGAACAAGUGAUUAAUCAAGCCUCCAGCAUGAAUAUCUCUGAAGCUGAGCCAAGAGAGGGACAUAUGAACCAAAAUUCCCCAAUCCCUCCCCGCUGGAAGCCUCCCCGUCCUGGAGCUUUCAAAGCGAACUUCGAUGCCUCAGUUCAUGAGGAUACUGGAACUGGCCUAGGUGCAAUCUUCAGAAACCACGAAGGGAAAGCCAUAAUAGCAAGCUCUUUUCAUCUCCGGGCAGCGUAUGAACCAGCUAUUGCCGAAGCUCUCUCCCUUAGAAGGACAAUCAACAUGGCCAAAGAUGAGAAUUUCAGAAUUAUUGAAUUGGAGUCAGACUGUCUCCAACUUGUCCAAGCCUGGGAUAGAUCCGUUCCCCACAACAACUACCUGGCCUCCAUAGUCCAAGACUGCAAGGACCUUAGUUCCUUCUUGGAUAGUUGUAGUUUAAAGCAUUGUAGUAGGAAUAUUAAUGGAGUUGCUGACCACCUAGCUAAGUUAGCUUUUGUUUACCAGGAUCACUUUUGGGUAGGAAAUGAUCCCCCUGGUACAUCUUUGUUGUUACAGCAGGAUGUUGUGUGUUGUACCCGUUUUGAGGUUUCUACCUCCUGA